UACCUACCAGGAGAAACUCCAUUCUAGUCACUGAGUUCUAGUUACUACCCUGUGACGUGGCACGCUGCCUGUGAGGCGGAAGCUGCACAGUCUACAGUACGAGCGCUCGUCUGUAUGUCUGCCUCUGCACGAAUGGCUGGCUGGGCUGGAUUCUCUGAGGACGAGCUCCAGAGGAUGAGGCCUCCGCAAGAAUUGCCUUACCCUAGGGGUCCAGAUGCUUGUUUGUCUGAAGCAUUUUUAAGUCAUCCGCAGCAUCAAACGUUUCCUAAGAAAGAUAAAGCCCAUCAUUCCCCAUCCUUUCAGAAGAAUACAUCAUCCCGGGUACACUUACCUAACUCUACCCAAGUUAGAAAAGCACUUGAAGAAAAACCUAAAGAACCUGUAGCGGACAACAAAGAAAUCACAUCCGAACCACCUAGUAUAAGGGCGAGAGAAGAUGACGAGCUGUCAAAAAAGGAGGUGGAACUGGCACCAGAAGUAUCUCAGAGUGGCCUUAAGGUUCCAGGGGAUGCUGAAGCACUUUCAAUUCCAGGUAUUACCUUUCGGAAUUUCGAUGGCGCCAAGGAUUUUUACGAAGUCCAACAGGUGGUAGAAAUCUUGACAACCCUGGGCUGGAUCCUGAACAGAGAAAAGUCGAGACUGAUUCCAGAAAAGAAACAACAGUUCCUGGGAAUCUUACUGGAUUCAGUGUCUCAGAGAUCCUUCCUAACAUCAGAAAAAAUUCUGAAAAUAAGGAAAGAAAAAUCUUGCUUGAAACAACUUCAACUAAAGCAGCGCUUAAUGGAAGAAAAAAAUAAACGCAAGAAAGCUCUACUAGCAAAAGCAAUUGAUGAAAGAUCAAAAAGAACCCAAGCAGAGGCAGUAAAACUUAAUAGAAUCCAGAAACAGCUUCAAGCCUUGGAUGAGAUAGUGUCCACAGAUAUUGGUAUUUUGCGGAACCGAAUUGAGCAGGCAUGCAUGGAGUUUUCCCAAGCCAAGAAACGUUAUGACAGAGCAGAAUCUGAAUAUGUUGCAGCAAAAUUGGACUUGUACAAGAAAACCCAAGUGAAAGAGCAAUUAACUGAACAUUUGUGUACCAUCAUACAACAGAAUGAGCUUCGUAAAGCUAAGAAACUUGAGGAGCUUAUGCAGCAGUUGGAAGUAGAAGCUGAUGAAGAGAUACUGGACUUGGAAAUAGAAGUAGAGCAAAUGUUACAGCAACAAGAAACUGAAACAAGGAAGCCCCUGGUAUCAUCUACAUCAGAAAAGAGCCAGCAGGUUUCAAAACUAGAUUGCAGUAAACUGCUUUCAGAAAAAGAGUUCACUACAGAAACAGAUCAAGGACAGUUUAUGACUGGAACUUCAAGUAACAUAGGUGACACUAACAAAAUUAACCAGAAAGACUCUGUUCACAGUGUAAAGGGAGACAGUAUUCUUUCUUGAGACAAAUUUACAGUAAAGGCGCAUUCACACGACCGUGCCAUGUCUUGCUGUCCGCAAAUUGCGGAUCCGCUAAACACCGAUACCGGCAUUUUGUGGAACGCACAGGGCCGACACUAUAUAGAAAAUGCCUAUUCUUUUUCGUGAAUAGGAAAUGGACAAAAUUGCGGAACGAAUGCAGACCCAUUCUUUCGGUCGUGUGUUGAUCUUAUACUUGCUGUAUGGGGAUACUAGACUAUAAAAAUUAUUCUGUAUAUAAAAAAAUAUAUCCCAAUACUCUUUGAUUUAUAAAGCUAUAUGUUAUUCAUGAUUUUGACAAUAGGAAGAAAGUGCUGAGAAUCUGCAAUAGUAAACUAUUGCACUCUGUAGUAUAAGCAAUCAAUCUCAUGUUCAAGUUUACUAGGGGGACUGAAAAAAGAAAGAUUUUACAUAUCAAAAAAGUAUAUUUGGUAUUGUUGUGUCUGAAAAUGUUUGUACUAUUAAAAUAUAGAAGUAUGUUUCCUUCAUUUUAGUGGUAGACAAAAAAUAAAAUAAAAACUAAUAUAAAUUUGUUAUUGAAGUAAUUGUGCUGACCUGCAGACUAAAGUAGUCAUGUCAUUUUUAGUGCAUUGUGAAAGACAUGAGAACAAAACCCGAAUACUAUAGGACAGGGAUGGCCGACCUGAGGCCCUCCAGCUGUUCCAAAACUACAACUCUAAGCAUGCCCUUGCUUCCUACAGCUAUCAGCCCACAGCAGGGCAUAGUGGAAGUUGUAGUUGUACAACAGCUUGGCCACCCCUGCUAUAGGAUGUUUAAAGGGGUUAACCCAGCUGGACAUUUAGGGCAUAUCGAUAGGAUUUUCCAUAAAUGUCCAUUAGGUGAGGCUCCCACCUCUGGGACCCACCAUCAAUGGAGAGCAUGCUGCCUAUGCAUCACUUUCUCUAUUCACUGCUAUCGGACUUCCCAAAAUAGCUGAGCCAGCACUUGGCUAUAUUCAGAAUUCUUAUAGUAGUGAAUAGAGAAAACUGUGCACAAGUGGUGGGGCCCCAUUCUUGUGAUAGGAAUGGACCACAGAGAUGGCACCUGCACCUAUUGGACAUUUGUUAUUAUGGUAUCAAGAAAAACACUCUUUAAGGCACCAGCAUGAUAUAAAUCUAAACUAUAGUGAUAGGCGAGCACACUUCAUUUGGCACUGUGAAUAAAAUCCCACUCAUGAAGGCGACUUUGACGUGGUGAGUGGCUUAUUACGCUUUGGCCAAAAUGUACACCAAUGCCUUAUUCAACAUCCAGCAUAAAGGCAGGGCAGAGUGCUGGUUGCAGUGUGCGAUUUGCAUUUUGUGUUUUUACUGUGAAUAAAAUGUAAUUAAAUCACACAAUAUUGGUACAUGUGUAUAACAUGGGGAAAUAAAACAAUGGUAAAAUAGAUAAAAAUAUAAUAAAAUCUCAGACCAACUGUAGGGUAUAAGCUAAUUACAGUUCACAGUGGAGUCCAGCAAAGUCCGUAUGAUGUUAAAGUUGCUGUUGAAAUAGUUCCUAAUUCACACAGUGCUCAACUCUAAUGAACUCCAAUUGUGGAUGAUUUUAGUUACAGUCCCUUGGGGAUACAUCCAUAUAUAUAUAUAUAUAUACUGCUGUGCAAAUAUUCAGGAAAUCGAAUAUUCCAGAAAUAGUUUGGGAAAUCCGUCUCUUGGUUUAAAAGCCCCAAUAGUCAUUGAUGGUUUUGAUAAUUGAGGCCCCUUACAUUUGUGGCUUAUGACUUCAGUUAAGAUACUCUUACCUUCCUCAACGUAUCUAGCGAGGAUCAAGCGACGCAGGAGUUUGCUAGCGUCUUACUCCUUGUCUCUCUAGCCGGCUUACCCGAGAUAUCGCGGGAGUUUGGACGAGACUUGCAGUAUAUGCUUGGUCCGUGCUUGUUGUUCUUCCGGCUUGAUACAGAGGGAGGGAUCUUUUCGGUCCUUGAAUUUUUAAUGCUGAUUCUAUUUCGACUGUCUUUGGAAUUCAAUUUUCAUAGCGUGGCCACGCUUAUGACUGCGGAGGUGCAGUUUACAGGUAUCUGAUCUGGUCCAGACGCGUUUCGGGAAUUAGCUUUCCCUUCAUCAGUGGUAUCAAGACACCUGAUAGCCUCCGCCUUUUAUAUCCGAAUAGGCACUCAAACUAUGGAGAACUGGAUUUCCAUAUGGAACAGACAGUUUAUCAUGCGUUUUUUUGGGUGCAUGUGCGUUUUUUCUGCUGGAUGCUGGAUGUUUAUUAUAUUUCUACCAAUGUUGUGUGAUUUAAUUACAUUUUAUUCACAGUGCCAAAUGAAGUGUGCUCGCCUAUCACUAUAGUUUGCAUUUCUUUGUUUCUAGAGGGUGGGUGUCCCCUAAUUAGGCUAGUAGCACCUGUUCCUUUAUUUUGUCUCGGGUGAGCCACCAUCUUUGAUUCUCAUGAUAUAAAUCUAGCAGAACAAUGACUAGGGAAAUCUCUGGUUACA